UACCUUAAUUAAGGCUCAGGGGGGAUUUUCAUGACCACAAUCAAGGGCUUUUGAUCCAAGGAACUGGACCUGACGUCCUUUAACUUGGAUCAUUACUAAUUGUCUUGUGUUUCCACAGUUGCUGUACAACUUCGUUUAGGGAGGUUUCGUGAUCAUGUUGAGGUGCUUUUGAUUCUAGGAAUUGGAUCAUUCCUAAUUUCCUUCCAUUCCUCUCAGACACCAUAUAGCCCCUAUGAGUUUAGUGCUUUAGUGCUUCUGCUGUUAAUUUAUUACGAGACAAUUGAAAAAAUUUAAACCUGUGUAUUGAACCUGAAAAAUUUACACUUACGGGUUUAGUGCUCCCUUAUGAAGGUAAUAUGACCAUCUUUAGUUUAUAUAUCCUGAGCAAGUCCGGUGGACUUAUAUACCAGCACGAUCACAAUAUACCCACCGUGGAGAACGAGAAGACUUUCAGCUAUCCUCUGGAGGUUAAACUGGAGGUUCAGAACAGGAGCAUAAUCGUCUCGUAUGGUCAGCGAGACGGUAUUAAAGUGGGUCAUACACUUGUGGCUGUUAAUGGGAUCAAAGUUACUGGGCAGCAGCUUGACGAUGGCCGAGAUGCUCUUGAAGUUCUGGCUGAUGAAACUAAUUACCCCAUUAACCUUAAGUUUGCAAGACCCAAGCUCACAACUAAUGAGAAAAUCUUUCAGGCUUCAAUGUUUUAUCCUCUCUAUGCUCUGGCAUGUCAGCUGAGUCCAGAACAGCGAAGCUCAGGUAUUGAGAUCUUGGAAGCUGACAAUUUCAGAAUGAACUGUUUCCAGACACUUACUGGAGUGAAGUUCAUGGUGAUAUCUGAUACCAAACAAGGAGGGAUCGACGGUCUUCUUCAUCGAGUUUAUGAAAUCUACUCUGAUUAUGCUCUCAAGAACCCCUUCUACUCACUGGAAAUGCCCAUUAGAUGUGAACUUUUUGAUGAAUAUUUAAAAAGUGCUCUGGAGCAAGCAGAAAAAUUAGGAAUAAGUAACAUUUGAUUGAUAUAUUAUUUUGACUAUAAGGACUGGUCUAUUUACAAUUAUGUGCAUCAGUAUGUGUAUGAUUUACCAGGAUAAGGUGGUUAUGUGCUUGAUUAGAUGACAGGAUGUAAUGGUGUAGAAAUGAUUCACUAAGUCAGGGGUAGAUUUUGUUUAAGAUGUUUUGCUUGUAAGAGCCUACAAAAAAAAUUAUUUACGAACUACCGUACCUGUGUGUUUAUGAGUGUGAAGUUGAGAAAAUGUCCAGUCAUCAGUUUUGCAUGGCCCAGGUGCACAAUAUUUAGGGGAAGUUUUAAGAUAUAGUUAUAUUUGUAUGAUUAAAUGAUAAAUGAAAA